CGAGAACUUGAGAAGUGCUUGAGGCAGCGGUCAAAAGACAAAAGUCUGCCGAAAUCAAUAGAUUAGAAGGCUCUCGAAGUUAGAAAAUCAGCUGAUCUGUUGACGUUCUUCGUUGAUCCGUAAUCUCUCUGUUUUUGUCCUCUGAAGCGUCGGCCGAAUCAAAGGAAAAGGGCUCUCUAGUCGUCUCUACCUUUUCGGUUCCUAAGCAUAUAUGCCGUAUUCGUUGGGUUGCUUUACCCCUCUCGGAAACUGAGAGGAAAAAGCUUCGGAGCUUUUCUAUUGCAUUCUCGUUCUCCGGAGAUACAUAUCCAAGUGAACCUUAUUCGCUCAGCCCUAUUCCGAGAUAUUUCAUUCUUGGUCGGUUCUCUUUAUACUUGAAAUUGAAUCUUCCUGAACAGGUGCUGAUUUGGUAGCAAUAGUAGACUAUGCGUCAUAAUUGGUUGACUUUCAUGGAUUUUGAUAAAGAUCCAUCUCAAAUGUUUCCCCUAGAACCCUUUGUGCCUUACGGUUUUGGAAUGGAUUUCCUCUAUCAUAUUAACUCUGUUAUUGAUAAUUCAACCGUGGCCCUUCAAGAAGCUUUAUGCUGUUUCUCAACUUUUGCUGGUGCCCUUGUAUUACGGGCAGCCAGUUCGUCAAAUUCAGAAAGCAAGGGUAGAAUAUCACACAGAAGCUCUAAGUCUUUGGUCCAAGGGAAUAAAGUUUCUUCUGGUAGCCGUUUCUCUAAAUCUAGCUGUCGAGGGAAGUUCACAUUGCCUGUGAUUAUUAGCAAAAUUUCGAAGUUCACUGUAAUGCAUCUACUUAAAGAAUCUCCAUAUCUUCAGCCAAUUCCUGUACUCUCCUUAGCAGCAGCAUUGGUGCCAGCUUUUACCAAUGUAUCUGGUAAUGUACUUGCUGCUCCCCUGGAAGAUGCUUCUACUAUGGAAGCACAAAUGUGUAUGGAUCAAAGCCCAUGUAAAGGUGAACAUCAUGGAUUCGCUAAUUCCUUUUUUCAAAGUAUAAAUUGGUCUAGGCUUGCUGUUGAGCCCAGAACUGGGAUUGAAUUUCCUAUCAUCUUGGACGACAUAAUCACCAGAGAUAAUAAUUCAACCUUUAUGUCUGAGGUCCUCGUUGGAACAGGAUCCCGUAUUAUGACUGUUAUUAGAAUCAAAUCUUUGAAGGUUUAUGCCUUUGGAUUCUAUGUACAUCCUUUUGAUGUCUGCCAGAAGUUGGGUCAGAAAUAUGCUUCUGUUCCCGCAUGUGAACUGAACAACCUGCACGAGUUUUAUCAGGAUCUUUUGAGGGAGGAUAUCAACAUGACCGUUAGGCUUGUGGUUAGCUGUAAUGGGAUCAAAUUUAAAAAUGUCAAGGAUGUAUUUGAAAAAUCACUCCGAGCUCGAUUGUUGAAGACGAAUCCCGAUACUGAUUUUCACUGCAUAGAAACAUUUGGCUCCAUUUUCUCACAAGACAUCCCUUUACAUGUUGGGACAACAAUCAAUUUCCGGCGUACUGGUGAUGGACAUUUAAUAACUGAAAUUGGUGGGAAUCAUAUUGGAGCAGUUCAUAGCAAGGAGUUAUGUAGGGCAUUUUUUGAUAUGUACAUUGGGGAUCUUCCUAUUUGCGAGAAAACAAAGGAACAGAUUGGACAGAAUGUUGCUAGCAUUAUAAAGGGGUGUUGAGGUUUGGUUAUUUUCCCCUUUUACCACCCACCCUCCUACAGUAGUGAUCACACAUUUUUGUUGGGAGCGUUCAUGGCAGCCGGUCAUCAAGUUGUAUUGGGAUGCCAAUGCUGAUGGCUUAUGCUAUAUCCGAAUGAGUAGAACAGUAAAUAAACUAUAUAGGUUGAUAUAUUGCCGAAACAAUUUUAUGGUUACAAUUCAAGCCCGAGUUAGCUAUACUUUCAAUAUCCAAAUUCUGGACAGACUAGGUCAUGAGUGAGAUGACUUGGGAGCUGUCAAGAUGCCCUUUCUGUUGUUGUAAAUUGCUGUUUUAGCAGAAGUAGUUAUUCUUUUGUGAUGCGAUAUAUGUUGUACAGUGAUUUUAAGUUUUAGUUAUGUACUGGAUUGUGACGUUAGUUGUGACUGAACAAUGAUCUAUGACUAAGGCUAUGUUUGGGAGAAACGGUUUACCAUGUUUUUAUUCAAGCCAGCCAAAAUGGCCUUCUAUUUCA